UAUAUUUCAGUGAGUGAGUCCAGCCAGCAGGGUAGCUGAGGGAAUGCUCACUCCUCAGUAAACAUAGUUCAUAAACCAGCAACAGAACAAGAAUGGCGAACAAGUCGAUAUAUGAUUUUUUUGCUGAGACCUCGGAAGGGGAGAAAGUCCCCUUGAGCAUUUACAGAGGAAAGGUGCUGCUCAUUGUCAACGUUGCCACCUUCUGAGGGUCAACAAUCGAGGAGUACCACCACAUGAAUGCACUAAUGGAAAUGUUUGGCGACCUGAAUUUUACUGUAUUAGGAUUUCCCUGCAACCAGUUCGGUCUUCAGUCGCCUGAGGUGAAUGAGGAAAUGCUCAAUAUACUGAAGCACGUGAGACCUGGUGGUGGCUUUGUACCAAAGUUUCCUGUCUUUGCCAAGGUCGAGGUGAACGGGUUGAAUGAAGAGCCUCUUUUCACAUAUCUAAAGGAGUCUCUGCCAUUUGUGAACCCUCUUAUUGGAGACAUGAAGAAGUUAUACUGGUCCCCAAUAAGCGUCAACGACAUUAGAUGGAAUUUUGAGAAGUUUCUUAUUGAUGCAGAUGGCACCCCUUUCAAAAGGUAUGAUCUUCACUGCCCUUUUGAAGUGGUGGAGAAAGACAUAGCAGACCUUCUCUGAUGGACAUUAGGGACUCGCUCCCAUGUGGUAGAGUGAUGAUCACUCAGUAAAUGCACACGUGCACCUGAGCUGAAUCUGAUUUUGAAGAGGAAAAUGUGUCGGAGCUUCGGUGCAUUCUCUCUGACAGCAAAUUCCUCUUCAGCCACUCGAGGAGUUUCCAUAUCGCUGUCGUAUUUCCAGAAAUGGGUUUGGAGUUGCCACUCAGAAUGUAAAUGAAAAUAAAGCACAACAUCAAGGACUUAU